ACAGCUCAACAAUAUGACGAAUUAGAUGAAACUCAACACCAUUACCCUACUUUGAUUUGAUUUUCCCCCAACUCCUUCUUCUCAGAACCAACUACUGUUUCUUCUUCUUAAUUAAUAGGAAGAUAUAGAAGAAUCUGGAAGAAGAAGAGGAAUAUGGGGAGUUGCGGGUCUAGACCUAAGGUCUCAGAAGACCCCUUCACGAAGAAGAAUCGCCAUCAUCGAAGGAGAAGAAGAAGAAUCCUCCGAAGAAGAGUCUCUUCUAGCAAGAUCGAAGCCAAUAACGUAUCUCACUGCAACUCAGCUCUUCAACUUUCUCAUCGCACUUCCGAUGCUGCUUGGUUUGAUUCUACUUCAGCCUUGGAUUCUGAGUGCGACGAAGAAUUUUACAGUGUCUACGAUGGGGAAGCUAUUUCGAGCCAUGCUGAUGAAAUUGUAGAGGACAACAAAAAGCUUACCUCAGAUCACUGCGGGAUUCUGCCAAAUACUUGCUUGCCUUGUCUUUCUUCUAAUGCCAUUGCCGUUGACAAAAGAAGGCCGUCAAGUCCAGAGACACCAACUUCGAGGAGAAAGUCGCUUUCUAAACUGUCGUUUAAAUGGAGGGAAGGGUCUUCCGACACGAUAUUACUUUCACCCAAGGCACCUAAACUAAAGCCAAUAGCAGGUUUGUCAAUUCCAUUUUGUGCAAUAGAGAAACAAAGCCCUGGUUCUUGGUCAUUAAUUGAGCCAAGUUCAUUCAAAGUCAGAGGGAAAAACUACUUUAGGGACAAGAAGAAAGAAUUUGCGCCAACCAAUGCUGCUUUCUAUCCCCUUGGAGCAGACCUCUUUCUGUCUCAGCGAAAAAUUGAACAUAUUGCGCGCUUUAUACAAAUUCCUUCUAUAAACAUACCUGGGGAUGUUCCUUCUAUUCUUAUUGUAAAUAUUCAGAUUCCAUUGUAUCCUGCCACUAUCUUCCAAAGUGAAAAUGAUGGUGAAGGAAUGAAUGUGGUUUUGUAUUUCAAAUUAUCCGAAAAGUAUUCUAAAGACCUCCCAGACCAAUUCCGAGAACAUAUCACUAAAUUGCUCAAUGACGAAGUGGAGAGAGUUAAAGGCUUCCCCCUAGAUACAAUUGCACCCUUUAGGGAGAGAUUAAAAAUCUUAGGGAGAGUGGCAAAUGUGGAGAGUCUUUCCUUAGGCGCAACUGAAAAAAAGCUCAUGAAUGCUUACAAUGAAAAACCUGUUCUCUCACGCCCUCAACAUGAUUUUUUUGUGGGAGAAAACUAUCUUGAGAUAGAUUUGGACGUGCACCGAUUUAGCUACAUUGCUAGAAAAGGGUUUGAAGGAUUUAUUGAAAGACUGAAGCAUUGUAACCUGGAUUUUGCUUUGACAAUUCAGGGAAACAAGGCAGAAGACUUGCCAGAGCAUAUAUUAUGUGCAAUAAGGCUGAAUAAAAUUGAUUAUAGCAAGUUCAACCAUCUUGGCUCUUAAGGUCACAGCAUCAACAGAGCUUUAACCAUAAUAUAUAUUAUUAUGAAGAAUUGCAAGCCGCUUACUCAGAGGUGGUUUAAGAAUGGGAAAUUCUUUAGCUAACUCCAAUGUAUCGUUGAAUUUAUUGAUUCAUUGAUAUAAGGGUGUGUUUGUUGGUUAAGGGUUAAGGUUUUGGAAGGGAAUGAAUUGAAGAAAAGGGUUUGAAGUGUAGCUAUGAAUUCAUUCUAUUCUUCAAACCCUUUCCUUUUCUUUCGUUCUCCUUGAAAACUGAAUCUUGAAAACAAACACACUAAAGGUGUAGAAUGUACAGUGAUAAGAAUUCAUAAAUUGGAAAUAAUCAAGGAGAAAAUUGUCUUUUCCAAAUAUAUAAGCAAUCCCCAAACUGUAGUAAAAUCAUGAGUUGGGUCACCAUACAAUACAUAUCGUUGGAUAUUUGCAUAUUGGUUAUAAUUAUGAAAGUGGGUGCAGAAAUUGGUCUAUUAUCAA